CUCUCGCGCAUGAACAAGCUUUUGCUCAUUUGUUGUGAAGGCGAGUGUGCAAAUAUUGAAGCAUAGUAAAUAUCAACAAGUGGGCGAUACUUAUUGCGCGUGUUUAUGUAUAACAAGCGCAUGCAUAUGUAUUUAUGUAGAUAACCGGUUAGCAUAUUUUGCAUGUUUGGUCAAAACGCCUGGCUAACAAUUAAAGCAUCCUCAUAAAUCUAUAUCAAGGAAAACCGGUUCGCCUGUACGAAUUCCUCUCACAUGUUUGAGCAAACAUAAAAAUUAACGUUUACUUAUGAAUUUUGGUGUGCAUGUGUGUGUGUGUGAGUGUAUGUGUGUGUGUGUGUGUGCAUGUAAUUGCUGUGCAAGCAGAGCAACCACCAAGCCAAGCAAAAGCAAAGGCAAAGGCUAUUUUUGUUAUUAGCAGUUGAGCUACCGAGCCAGUCAGUCGUCGGUCUGUCUUUCUCUCGCCUAACACAGCAAACGAGCGCGCGCAGCAGAGUGAUAGAGGCAGCAAGCAAGCAAAGAGAGCGCUACGACGUCAAAGCAUUUCUUUUUGGGGGGGGGAACUGGAUAGAGCGAACAUUAAAGGAAAAAGCAGAAAAAGCACGCGGCUCAUUUUGAAUCAAAACGUGUGGUAAAGCCGACCGAACUCAAUGAACGCUUGCAGUGCUUAGCCAACGAAAUAAAAGAAAAUUACAUAAACACACCCACGUAGUUAGUUAAAAUGGCCAGCUCCAAUGAUUUAAACCUCGUUGUGGACGUGAUAGUGCCCGCGGUCUUUGUCAUUGCACUAUUCGUUGUAAACGGAUUUGUGCUGCGCUUAAUUUUGCGCAAGAGACGCGAAUAUCAUAAUUUCACACUGCAGGAGGCGGCAAUGUCUGACCAAGCCACCACAUCUUCUGCUGCUGCUGCCAACGACUGUGCCAUUGAAAUGGAGCGACUCUAGUGUUAACUAAAAAAAUUAGCUUUAGUACUGCGGAUUAAUACAUAUAUAAGAUAUAUAAAAAACACGUGAAAACACUAAAGUGCAAAGUUGCAAAAACAACAACGAACUAUAAUUAACUCAAACUAUACCGUUGUAUUCACACUGCGUACAAAUGUGUCUACCUGUCAUGUGCAUUUAAUUACAGUUUUUAGAUUAUUAUUUUAUGGUUAAUUUUGUUUUUAAUCAAUAACAAAUGCC